GUUACAUUCCUUACUAUAUAUACAUAUCCUUAUGCAUUGACUUUGCUUGAAGCCUUGAACUACCCACCCGUGGGCUGUGUACACAUUUCAGUUCUUGUCUAUUCCACAUUUGGGUCAUUGCCAUGAAUUGUUCCUUCGCUUCAAGCCUGAGCGAUGCCAAACCAUUUCUUUCCCAUGUAAGAUCUCAUAAACCUCAAGGGAAACCCAUCUUGACUGCUUUUUCCUGCAGAGCUUGUGAAAAGGAUCAGAGCACCAACUUCUAUAAGGUUCUUUCUCUGAACUCGAACCAGGCAAGCAUUGAUGAGAUAAAGAAAGCUUACAGAACCAUGGGUCUUCAACAUCACCCUGACGUAUGUCAUCCUUUCAAGAAAGAUGAAUCAACGAGGAUGUUUGUUCAAUUGCAUGCGGCUUAUAAGACCCUGUCAGAUCCUGUGUUGCGUGAAGAGUAUGACUGCAUAUUGAGUUCCAGGAAUUUUGAAGGAAAAUUCAGGGCCGAUUUUGCAGAUCACUAUUCGAGAAUCAGGUGGCAGGAACAAAUUCAAGAGUUAAAAAGGAGGUCCAGCUACCGUAUGGAACAAAAGGAAAUAUCCUGGGGCAAUCGGAUGAGGGCUAAGAACAAUGAGAAGAGGGACAAGUGAUUUGGCUAUUUCUUGAUUUCUUAACAAGGUAUUUGUUAUUUGUUUUAUGAUUCUUAGAGAUGUAAUUGAUUUUAACUCAUUCUUUUGAAGUGCUCUUUAAAUGUAUGAUUAUCAACGUAUAUAUUAUAUAUAUGAAAAAGAAAUUAA